GGCUGCACCCACGUGUGUUGGAGUUAUAUGCUCCCAGCCGGCAGGGGAGCCGGGGAGAGUGGCACCCAGCUGGCGGCUCAGGCAGAGAGCAGCACCAUGACCGGCAAGAAAAUCUGCAUUGUAGGCUCUGGCAACUGGGGCUCAGCCAUCGCCAAGAUUGUGGGUGGCAAUGCAGCCCAGCUGGCACACUUUGACCCACGGGUGACCAUGUGGGUGUUUGAGGAAGACAUCGGGGGCAGAAAGCUGACAGAGAUCAUCAACACACAGCACGAGAAUGUCAAAUACCUGCCAGGGCACAAGCUGCCCCCCAAUGUGGUGGCUGUCCCUGAUGUGGUCCAGGCUGCAGCGGAUGCCGACAUCCUGAUCUUUGUGGUGCCCCAUCAGUUCAUCGGCAAGAUCUGUGAUCAGCUCAAGGGCCACCUGAAGGCCGAUGCCAUUGGCGUGUCUCUUAUUAAGGGGGUAGACGAGGGCCCCAAGGGGCUGAAGCUCAUCUCUGAAGUGAUUGGGGAGCGCCUUGGCAUCCCCAUGAGCGUGCUGAUGGGGGCCAACAUUGCCAACGAGGUGGCUGAUGAGAAGUUCUGUGAGACAACCAUUGGUAGCAAGAACAUGGCUCACGGACAGCUUCUGAAAGAGUUGAUGCAGACACCCAAUUUCCGCAUCACAGUGGUGCAGGAGGUGGACACAGUAGAGAUCUGUGGGGCCUUAAAGAAUAUAGUGGCCGUGGGGGCUGGCUUCUGUGACGGCCUGGGCUUUGGCGACAACACCAAGGCGGCUGUGAUCCGACUGGGACUCAUGGAGAUGAUCGCCUUUGCCAAGCUCUUCUGCAGCGGCUCCGUGUCCUCUGCCACCUUCUUGGAGAGCUGCGGUGUUGCUGACCUCAUCACUACCUGCUACGGAGGGCGGAACCGGAAGGUGGCCGAGGCCUUCGCCCGCACAGGAAAGUCCAUUGAGCAGCUGGAGAAAGAGAUGCUGAAUGGACAGAAGCUGCAGGGGCCCCCGACAGCCCGGGAGCUGCACAGUAUCCUCCAGCACAAAGGCAUGGUGGACAAGUUCCCUCUGUUCACAGCUGUGUACAAGAUAUGCUACGAGAACCUGCCAGUGGGGGAAUUCAUCCUCUGCCUGCAGAAUCAUCCAGAACAUGUGUGAGCAGGCCUGACGCCCAGGCCAGGCAGCCUCUUUAUCAAUGGAGACAGGCAGAAGCUUGGGGUGCCUGGCCACCAGGAGCUCCGGGACUCCCCACAGAGCAGUGUCUUCUCAGCUUUUCACUGAGUGACAGGAGGCUGAGGGCCCGGGUUCCUGCCUGGAGAUCCUGAAGCAGCCCACAACCUCUUGGCCAUCACAUCUCACUGGAAAUGGAGUUGCCUAGUCCCUCUCCAGAUGGGGAGCUUUCUCCCUAUCCUGUGAGAAGGGCAGAAUCAGCCCCAGAGUGGCCUGCUUUGAGCCUGUGGGGGGAGGAGGGGAGGGAAAGGGAGGCAAGGCAAGGGCUGCUUCAUGCUGCCUCACAUAGACCAGAAUUCUUGUCCCCAUGCCUCAGCUACAAGAGGGAUGAGGCAAGGGCUGCAGGGAGGGGUCUGGGCUUUUGAGCUGACAUGGCCCCAGGGACCCCUUUGCUCUGACCUCUGCCAGGCCCCACAGGGCAUCAAUGGAUCUCUCAGUGUUUGUUCAUAAAAUACAAAGAUCUCAAACAAC